AAGUGCGCCUGUCGCCAUGAGACGAUAUAGCUGCAGUCCUUGAUUCGGAGUCGUUUUACAAAGAAUGUCAGGGACAACAAAUGCGGAAUCGGAGGGAGUCUCCAAAGUUCAAAUAAAAAGGCAGAUCAAGACAAUCGUGGAAGAUUUGGAGAACAUCUUGGGGGACUUGAAGGAUGUAGCGAAAGAACUCAAAGAGGUUGUUCAUGAGAUAGACUCCCUGACUUCAGAUCUCCAGUUAGAGGAGAUGACAAACAGCUCCAAGACUGACACAUUGAACAGCAGCUCAAGCAGUACCACAACCACUACCACUGCCUCCAGCAUUGAGAGAAUCAAGAUCUACCCUGAGGACGCCUUCCUCAGACCGCCGUCCAUGGCUUCUGGCAUGCUCACAGUACUGAAGAGGACCCAUCCUCCUCUCCCACCCCCUCGCCUAAUGCCAGCCCAAGUUGAGGACCACAGCAAGAGCCUGUCCUCAGGGAAUCAAGCCAAAGAGAACAGAGCACUCAUGCGCAAUGGCAUCUUCUCUACAAGGCCCGUUAAUAUACCCAGCAGAGAUUCUGUGUGUGUACCUAAAAGCUCGACAGAGAAAGGACUAACUCUGAUACCCCUUUUGCGGCACAAAAAAAGUCGAUGUCCUCAGGUGACAAGGGAACGGGUGAGAUUCAGUGAAAAGGUCCAGUACCAUGGCUACUGCCCGGACUGUGACCUCCAGUACGACGUUGAAAACACGGAUAUGCACUUACACAGUGAGCUUUUUGACAUGAAAUUAAGUCCCAUUCAUCAGUGCUCCUCCAUGGCCCAAGCCCAUGUUCUGAUGGAAAAUGGUGGCCUAAGCCUCAGUCACAGCUUUCCUCCUUCAACUCAGUCUUGUGUGCCUCAUCGUCCUAGUCCAAAACCACAGAAAACCAUACUACGCAAGUCUACCACAACAACUGUUUGAUGUAUAAAUCCCCUAAGGAGACAUUUAAUAAUCUUUUAUAUAUUUUAUUUCAUGUCAUGAGCACUUUCUCCUGCAAUAUAAAAUGGAUUACCUGAAGAUUAAAAAGGAAAGAGGCUGUGGUGAUGGCUUACUUCAUUUGAAAUCCAAAGAAAGUCCUUUAUGACUGAAGAAGAAACACAUUGACUGCCUGAUCACCUCAAUUUCAUGCUCAGUGAAGUCUCACUUCAGAAAGCUCUUAGAUCACUUCCAAAGACCCCAUCACAGACAGAGAAAAAAGUAUGACAAGCAAGACUAUUCACCUGAAUCAUCUACAAAUAGUUUAUGUCUAAUGGCCAAAGGGUAUAGAUAUUGCUUGAAUUUUAAAUGUUGUGGCAAUACAUUUGAUUCUGGUUCACAGGAUUGUUGAGAUUGUCACAAAAAUGAAGGGAAAGAGGAAGUCAC